ACACGCGGGAGCUGCUGGGAACAUGGCUGGUGACUUAGCUCUGCUCGCUGCCGUGUCUCUGCUUUCUGUCCUCCAGCAAAGUCGCUUUGCUCAGCUGGUGGGAAAAUCAAGAAUGAAGCACAAGGUCAUGCCCCCGGCUGUCACUGGAGCUCCAGAAUUUGAAAGAACUUUCCGUGCACAACAAAACUGUGCAGAGUUUUACCCUAUGUUCCAGACUGUCCUCUGGAUCGCAGGAUGGUUUUGCAAUCAAGAACUAGCCGCCUUGCUGGGCCUGCUGUACAUGUUCGCUCGCCACAAGUACUUCCACGGCUACGCGCAGGCCGCAUCAGAAAGGUUAACGGGUUUUUAUUUGAGUCUGGUAGUUCUGGCUUGCUUGACAAUCCUGGGUGCAGCUGGGAUUGUUAACAGCUUUAUGGAUGAAUACCUGGGCUUCAACGUUGGGAAGAAAUUACAUAAGUUGUUCUGAAGACUUUAAAACAAAAUAAAACCCACAAGUAAAUAACGCAGAAGCUCUCCCUGGACACCAAAAUGAUGAUAAGCUGCGUGUGAAUAAAGUAUCAGAAUUCUCCAGUAGCAUUCCA